AUUAAUUUCAAAAUGAUUGAAUACAAUCGCAUAACCUCAAAAAAUAUAAAAUAUUAGCUAAAAUAUUUAUUUACCGAAAUAGGAUAAAAUAUUUUGUUAUAAAGUGUGAAUACUACUAAAGGUAAUAAACUGAUACGUAGUAUAGUGGCCAUGAAAUAGAAAGCAAAAGUGUAAACACGUGGAAGAUUGGUUGUUGUUUUCUUUUCGACAGUUAUUAAAAUAUAUUAAGAAUAUUAAUCUUAAACUAGAGUUGAAAUGGAGGACAGUGAAAGAAAUAAUAUACAAGAAGAUGAACCUGUCCAUAAUGAGCAAGAAGACAAUCAUUUUCCCCAAUUUACAUUGUUUGAUAUAAGGAUAGACUCGGGUCUGAAAGAUGACGAAGGGAAUGAAAUUCCAAGACCUUUCACAAAGAAUCAAAUGCGCAAAUGGUUAAAAAAAGUAAAAUGGGAAAAUCGCAAAGCAGAGAAACGUGCUAAAGAGAAAGCAAGAGCCAAAGAAAGGCGGAAGGAGGCACGGGAAGCCAAUAUUGUUCUAGGACCCAAUAGGAAGGCACUUAAGAAAAUGAAGUUAGAGAGACCGAAAAAAAAUAUUUCAAUCGUAAUAGAUCUCGGUUUCGAUCAUUUAAUGAUGGAAAAGGAUAGAUUUAAAGUAAUAAAACAAAUACUACGCUGUUACUCAAUAAAUAGAAGAUCAGAAACACCAAUUCAGUUCUACAUAACAAGUUUUGGAGAACGGUCUAGGAGUGACAUGUCUAGACAUAAUGGAUAUGAACACUGGGAUAUAGACUUUCAUGAGGAGUCAUACCUUGAGGUGUUUCCAAAGGAUAAAAUAGUGUAUUUAACAAGUGAAUCUGACAAUGUAAUUGAAGAAUUUGAAGAGAACACAGCUUACAUUAUUGGAGGCCUUGUAGAUCACAAUAAACAUAAGGGUCUCUGCCAUAAAAUAGCAAUGGAGCAAGGUAUUAGGCAUGGACAACUACCACUGGAUAAAUACAUCAAUAUGAAAACUAGAAAAGUGCUAACAAUUGAUCAUGGUAAAUAA